AUGAGCAGUAAGACGAAAAAAAACGUCUACUCGAGCGCCAACGUUGAUUCGGCGGCGCUCAAGGAGCUCCUUGAAGUGUCGCAUGUCGGUGUUUUUGACGACUUGACCCCCGUCGUUUCUUUUGUUCAAAAGGGCCUUUUGCUCAAGACCUUGAGUAACAUUUCCUAUUUCAGCUCUGUCAACAGCAUCAAGCAAGUGGCACGUGUGUCGGACAACUUGGCACAGGUGUUGGACUCCAUCAACUUUGUCCUCAACGACACAAACCCGGAGUCGAAAAACUUACAGUUCAAGUUGGCUCUUUUGGACCAACGCGAGCGGCUCUCGGAAUUCUACUCGGACUUGUGCAAAAACCACUUGAAGUUGGUGUACAAGGUGUACGGCUUGAGAAAACCCGAGGCUGUUGCUGGUGUGUCUCGCUUGGUCGUUGCAUUGUGCGAGUAUAAUGACCAAAGCGUUUUUUCCGAGUUUCUCGAUAGUUUCGACUUCAACCACACGGUGCUACCGAAGAUUUUUGUUCCCUCUAGAGACGACUUUGACCGCAAAGUUUUGUUGGCCGGGUCUAUGCGGAGUUCUGCUGUUGACUUGUGGCUUGCGAUCUGUUCCAAAUGCCCUGCCACCUUUAGAAAAGCAUUGUUGACCAAUUUCAAAAUCAUGAACAACUUCUGGAAGUACGUGGAGAUGGAGCGGUACGACACUUUGAACAAGAUCAUCGAGUUCCUCACCAAAUACGUGUUGGACGAGAAAUCGUUCAAAAGAUCGACAAAGUGCCAAAUCCUCAACGAAAACUUCUUGUUCAAUUUCCGCUCCUUGUUUCCUUUGGCCGCCAGUGAAAACACGAGGUUGGAAGACAACGACGAAGAUGAGUUCUCUGAUUUUAAGUCCGCCUUCACAACGUUCAUGAAUGUCUUGGUUUCCGACCUGGCCCGAGGCAUUUCUUAUCCACAAAACGAGUUUGGUUCACUUUUAACUGUCAAUAACAAGUCUUUCAAAAUCAACAAUAAGUUGAUUUACACUCUCCUCACGGCACUCAAACCUUGGGAAUCCUACUCGCAGCUCCAGUACGUGAUGGAAAUCCUCAAUCACAAUAGUGAAUUGCUUCCUCCCUACAUGAACUGGAUUGUGGCCUUUUCUGGUGGAUAUCAUGAUCCGUCCUUAACGUCGUACUGGAUAGGACAUACGCUUCUUUACACAGAGAUCUUGAAAUCCCCUUCGCUCCCUGCACAACUCGAAUAUGUGUCAUUGGCUCCGCUCUCUAAAAAUGCCAUGACAGAUUGUCUUACAUUUCCAAACGAUUUGGUGAAGCAGUUGGGGUUGCAGUUAAUUUUGCUCCAGUUGCUCAAACUUUCCAAAGCAAACAAUGUCCCGCAAACGCUAGUCGAACUUGUUUUGGAAAAUUUGCCCGUAAAUGCAAUGUUCGUUCCACUUUUGAACCACCCCAAUAACACCAUCAAACUUACAGCUACUAUGAUUGUCAGAACAAUGGAACAGCUUGCACCAGCUUCUUCUUCUUCGGCCAUUGUGUCGCUUAUUGGAACCAAUCUUGCUGGUUUGAAUCUUGAAAAUGACCAAUGCGACAGCUUUGAGUUGAUCCUUCUUGACAACUAUUUGUCUAUCCAGUCCAACAAUGACCUUAAAUGGUGGAAUAAAUCUUCGAAGGGAAACUCUUUUUUCACGUCUUUACUAAAGUUAUCCAGCAUGGUUCUGCUCAAGUCCAAACUCUUCCAUAUUUUAGAAAAAUUGACGAAAACCUCGCUCAUUUUCCACGAUAUGAAGUAUGUGGAAAACCCGCUCUUGAUGUUGAUUGAAGCUACUUCCUCUUUCAAAAGCACAGAUCUUUCUGAUUCAUUCUGGAAUUGCAUGGAUGAAACCAUAUCCAGAUCCAUUAAAACUCCUUACAAAUAUCUCGACAAGUCUCAUCUCGAAUACGACGAUGUGAGCAUUUUCGUGGUUGUCCUUUUUGAGCAGCUCCGGUUUAUCCCCCAAGUGGAGGCUGACAAAUCCAUAAUGCUGUGGUUGAACAGUUUCAUGCAAAAACUUGUUGUCGUCGGCGAAUCUUUGACAAGCAUUGAAAAACUCGCCGGUGACAAUGGCUUUAGCUUGAGUAUAGAUUUAUCAUCUGUUCAAGCGAAAGAAAAUAUCAUCACAAAAUACGAUUUCGCUGAAGGUGUUCUCGUGCUCAAUAGAUUGGUUACUACCACGAAAAGUGCUACCGCUUUGUUUGAUCUUGUGUCAAAGUUAGGCAGUUUUUUGAUGGGAGCAGGAUUAUCCGACACAUUCCUAUAUCACUUUGUCUCAAACCCCGAGAAAUGGCCAUUUGUUCAGAGAAUGUCUUCAAGCAACAUUUCUGAAAAUGAUAUUAUUGGCAUUUCUCUUUUCAGUGAAUUGCUCCAGCAAUUGGAGGAGCCUUUUUACUCGACUCCUUUGAACAAAUUGGUUUUCGAGUCGUGUAAACUUGAAUUGCCUAAGAAAAAUCAGGCUGUGGUUGGAAAAUUCUUGUGGAUCUUGUCCGGAGACCAAAUCAAAGAAUUGGCAAACGAGGUCUUUUUUAACGAAUUGUUGAUUACGAAUCUUUACAAGAAGGUUAUUGACAUGAAGUUGGACAUAGUUCCUGAUUUUGCCAAGCUCAUGGCUAUUUCGUCCCAAGAGAUGAACGGGAUCUUGUCUCACUUCAAGCCUCCCAUCGAACAGAUCCAUUUGGUUUUGGGAAAUCCCCAUUUCCACUUUCUUCUCGAUGAUCCAAAUGAUGAUGUUAUUCAAUAUCUUAUCCAGGCAAAAGAUAUCAGUGAUGAUGUUUUGUACCGAGUCGCUAUUUAUAGCAGAGAGCUUGCGGAAAAAUACAAGGAAAGAGUGAUUCUGUUGGCCAUGUCUUUGGACAAUUGGUCACAGUCAAUGAAGAUUUUCACAUUUCUUCUGGAUUUCUUUGAAAUGAAUGAUGUUUUAGGCUUAGUCAUGCUGCAUGUGGAAGGAAAGCAAAAACUUACAAUGACAGCAGACUUUGCACGUUUCUUAACUAAAGCUUUUGUGCUGGGUGAACUUCCAGAAACCGUGAAAAUUUGGUUCCAUAAAGCGAUGGUAUAUAUUACGAAGAAAUUUGCUGAGUCGCCGACAUUGUCAGAAAACUUUGAUGCGUUUUUGCAAUCUAUGGAGGGUUUCAUUUCUUCGGUCGAAAAGCCUUGGAAAUUAAUUCCAUCGAGCGUCGUCAAUACGCAAUUUGAAGUUUUAUUGAAGCACCAUGUUUGGGCAGCACAAGAGAAAUAUCUUUCCUAUGCCAAUAAGGUUAUUCUCAAAGCAGAGGCAAAAGACAUAUUGUCCGACAAAUUACUUCAGAUUUUUGUGAACAACGAGCAUAAUGUGCUUAAUAAGCUUCCCAACACAGAUGAUGCCGGCGUUCGGUUUAAUUCCGCUUUGCUAAUCUAUACGCUCUUCAAUCUUGAUGCAAGCAGAUCUGCCACCAUCACGUUACUAAACAGACUUUUGACAUUUUACCUCGGGUCUACGCGAUGCGAAGACUUGUCAAUAAAAGUGGUUUUGAAGGGCAUUGAGAAGAACAUAACGCAAAGCUGGGUCAACCAAGUGACCAACUGGGAUUUUCUGGAGGAAAUCAGCCAAAAGGAUUUGGAGUUGGUUGGUGAAGAACGGCUUUUCAUCAGAGACCAUUCAAAUCUUGUUGUGGCAUUGAAUAAGAAAUUCGUUCAGAAUACCGUCAACAACAUGGCCGACUUGCCCAUUGCACCCAAGACCCGUGACUAUACAGACUAUGAACGGUUUGCCCAAUCAUGUCCUGUUUCUGCUUACCAGGAAACCGUUUACGACGCAGAGUUUCUUAUUCUCGUCAUCAUCAACAAUGACGAGCUUAUUCGCGAAGAAGAGGAGGGGAAAAUCACAUUCAACAUGGCGAAGUUGGCCGAUUCCGGGUUGCUUGGGUUUGUUGUGGCUGCGCUUUCCAACGCCGAAAUCAGGGACAUCUCCAAGAUUCUUUUGCACGGAAUGUUGAAGUACAUUAAUGCGCUGGAGGCAAACUUCAAGGACAAGAGCAUUCUCAAGGUGUACGUUUCUUCGAUUUUGCACACGUUGCGUGUGGCCGACCACAAGACGCCCUUGGUGUGGCACAUUGUCGGAAGUAUGGCCAGCAUUCUCACCAACCCGGGCCAUUUCCUCUACGAUCGGGUUGUGCGGUACAUUUUGGCCACACCCGUGUUCAAAGAGCUCGAGAUCCCGCUCUUCAACACCAUCAUGUUCUCUGUCCGCGGCGACGAAACGUCUGAAGACGACAACUACUACAGACAAGUGCUGUGGAUCUUGGAGCAGUUGACCCAUGGCGUCCAGAAUGGCACCGACUUGAAGCUUUUGCGGUACAAAAACGUUGUGGAGCUCAUGCUCAACAUGUGCAACUCGAGCUAUGUGUCGAGCCACAUGAAAAGCGCCGUGCUUCAUCUUCUCUAUGUCAUUCAGCGUAUCCAGAAGGAAGGCCUGGACAUGUUGGUGACCAAGUUUGGCGCCUUGUCUUCGCUUGAGAUUCUCAAAAGUUCCGUGGACACGGGCGUGCUAGCCGGGCUUCAGCUGGCGCUCAAUGCGGACCAGGUGGCGCUUCGGUUUGGCGUUUUGGCGCUGGGCCUGAAAAGAUUGCAAGAAUGGACAAGCGACGAUGUGCAAGUGGCGGUGAAGAGAAUCCACGCUGCGUAA